CAGACACAUUUGUGACUUAUGAGCUAGAGAUACAGGAGCUGAAAGACCCGAACAAGGAGUGUAGAAACAACACCAUCUUUUGGGUCAACGGCUCCAUUUAUGAAACAGCUGAGAACAACAGUGUCUUCUGGUGAAUAUUGAAGCUGAGAUGACCAACUUUGCAUAUUACUACAUUGGGAUUGGACUAGGAGUGCUUGUCGUUAGUUAUUUUCAGAUUGUCUUUUGGGUGACUGCUGCUGCGAGACAAACUCAGAGAAUCCGAAAGACUUACUUUAGAAAAGUCAUGCAGAUGGAGAUCGGGUGGUUCGACUGCAACUCUAUAGGGGAACUGAACACAAGGAUAUCUGAUGACAUCAAUAAGAUCAACAACGGCAUCGCUGAUCAGGUGUCUAUUUUCAUUGAGAGGAUUUCUACGUUUCUGUUUGGCUUCAUGGUCGGAUUCAUCGGCGGCUGGAAGCUGACUUUAGUGGUCAUAGCAGUGAGCCCCCUGAUUGGCAUAGCUGCUGGUCUGAUGGCCAUGGCAGUGUCCAGACUGACAGGAAGAGAGUUGGGGGCCUACGCCAAAGCAGGCGCGGUGGCUGACGAGGUCCUGUCGUCCAUCAGAACAGUGGCAGCUUUUGGCGGCGAGGAAAAAGAAGCCGAGAGAUAUGACAGAAACCUCAUAGAAGCUCAGAACUGGGGAGUGAAGAAAGGCUCCAUCAUAGGAGUGUUUCAAGGAUACUUGUGGUGCAUCAUCUUCCUCUGCUACGCUCUGGCGUUUUGGUACGGCUCUAAACUGGUCAUCGACACCAAAGAGCUGUCUCCUGGAAGUCUCAUUCAGGUCUUCUUUGGAGUACUUAUGGCUGCGAUGAACCUCGGCCAGGCCUCGCCAUGCCUGGAAGCCUUUGCAACUGGUCGGGCAGCAGCGAAGACUAUUUUUGAAACAAUCGACCGGGAACCUGAAAUUGAUUGUUUCUCAGAGGAGGGUUACAAACUAGACAAAGUCAAAGGUGACAUCGAGUUCCGCAAUGUCACGUUCUACUACCCGUCUCGCCCUGAAGUCAAGAUAUUAGAUGAUCUGAGCGUUAAGAUCGAAGCUGGAGAAACCACAGCGUUCGUUGGACCGAGUGGAUCUGGGAAGAGCUCUUCAAUCCAGCUCAUUCAAAGGUUUUAUGACCCAAAGGAAGGAACGGUGUAUUUGGACGGACAUGACGUUCGCACUUUGAACAUCCAGUGGCUCCGCUCUCUCAUUGGCAUUGUGGAGCAGGAGCCAGUGCUGUUUGCCACAACAAUCGCUGAGAACAUCCGGUACGGCCGACCUGGCGUGACCAUGGAGGACAUUGUCAUGGCAACAAAAGAAGCCAAUGCUUAUAAUUUCAUCAUGGAUCUACCGCAGAAAUUUGAUACACUCGUGGGUGAAGGUGGGGGCCAGAUGAGUGGAGGACAGAAGCAGAGGAUUGCUAUUGCUCGAGCUCUCAUCCGUAACCCUAAGAUCCUGUUGCUUGAUAUGGCCACAUCGGCCCUGGAUAACGAGAGUGAAGCUGUGGUCCAGGAGGCGCUGGAUAACGUGCGCUCAGGCAGGACAACGAUCUCUAUCGCCCACCGUCUCUCUACGAUUAGAAAUGCGGAUGUCAUUGUUGGAUUUGAGCGUGGACAGGCGGUGGAAAGAGGGACUCACAACGAGCUACUGGAAAGGCAAGGCGUCUACUUCACCCUCGUCACCCUGCAGAACCAAGGCUCACCCACCACAGCUCAUGAUGUGAUUAGUGAAGAUCCAAAUGAAGACUUUGGUUUCAAGUCAGGCAGCUUUAGACGUGGAAGCUGCAGGUCCAGUAAAAGGAACUCUUUUCGGCUGCGAUCUCAGAGCAAAUUGUCAAAUGAUUUUGUCCCGGAUGCAGUAUCAGGCAGCCUCGGGAUCCUCUCAGAUCUGGAGAUCACCGCAGAAAAUAUGCUUGACGAGGAUCCAGAUGAGCGUGUAGAGCCUGCUCCUGUUGCACGCAUCCUGAAGUACAACCAGCCAGAGUGGCCCUACAUGCUGCUGGGCUCUCUGGGAGCUGCGAUCAACGGCUCCGUCAACCCGGUCUACGCUGUCCUGUUCAGCCAGAUUCUUGGGACUUUUGCCAUACCAGACUUGAAUGAGCAGAGGGAGCAGAUCAAUGGCAUAUGUGUCCUGUUUUGCAUCGUGGCUGUGACAAGUUUCUUUUCACAGUUUAUGCAGGGUUAUGCCUUUGCGAAAUCUGGAGAGCUUCUCACUCGGCGUCUGAGGAAAGUGGGCUUCCAGGCCAUGCUGAGGCAGGAGGUCGGUUGGUUUGACGACCCUAUAAACAGUCCUGGAGCUCUGACCACAAGACUGGCCACAGAUGCAUCCAUGGUCCAGGGGGCGACAGGCUCUCAGAUUGGCAUGAUUGUGAACUCACUGACCAACAUAGGCGCCUCAUUCAUCAUCGCCUUCUACUUCAGCUGGAAGCUUACUUUGGUAAUAAUGUGCUUCCUACCCCUCAUUGGGCUGUCUGGGGUAGUCCAAGCCAAAAUGCUGACAGGUUUUGCAAAUGAAGACAAAAAAGCCAUGGAAGCAGCUGGUCGGGUGUCCAGUGAGGCUCUUGCCAACAUCAGGACCAUUGCAGGCUUGACCAAAGAGCGCUCAUUUGUGGAAUCAUAUGAGCAGAAACUUGAGCUUCCAUAUAAAUCUGCUAAAAAGAAAGGCAACAUUUACGGGCUCUGCUUCGGCUUUGCCCAGUGUGUCAUCUUCAUGGCUUAUGCUGCUUCCUUCAGAUACGGAGGCUACCUGGUCAGAGCAGAGGGGUUACCAUACAUGUUUGUCUUCAGAGUGAUCUCAGCUGUAGUAAUCAGUGGGACGGCUCUGGGCAGAGCUUCCUCCUUCACUCCAGAUUAUGCCAAAGCCAAAACUGCCGCUGCUCAGUUUUUCAAACUGCUGGACAGAGUUCCUAAAAUCAGCAUGAGCCACACAGACGGCCAGAAAUGGGAGGACUUCAGAGGGGAAAUACAGUUCCUUAACUGCAAGUUCACCUAUCCGACACGACCAAACAUCCAGGUGCUGAACGACCUCAUGGUUUCCGUGAAGCCUGGUCAGACUCUGGCUUUUGUCGGGAGCAGCGGCUGCGGAAAAAGCACCAGCGUUCAGUUACUGGAGCGGUUCUAUGACCCAGAUGAGGGGAAAGUGCUGAUUGAUGGCCAUCCAUCUCAUAUGGUCAAUGUGCCUUUUCUGAGAUCUCAGAUUGGCAUAGUGUCACAGGAGCCGGUUUUAUUUGACUGCAGCAUCGCAGAGAACAUACAAUAUGGAGAUAACGCACGCACUGUCAGCAUGGAAGAGAUCAUCGAAGCUUCCAAGAAAGCCUUUCUUCAUGACUUUGUGAUGGGUCUGCCAGAUAAAUAUGACACUCAGGUUGGUGCCCAAGGCUCCCAACUGUCGAGGGGGCAGAAACAACGGAUUGCUAUUGCCAGGGCCAUAGUGAGAAACCCCAGGAUCCUGCUGCUAGAUGAGGCCACCUCUGCCCUGGACACAGAAAGUGAACAGACUGUCCAGUCUGCUCUGGACGAGGCGAGGAAAGGAAGAACCUGCAUCGUCAUCGCUCACCGGCUGUCAACCAUCCAGACUGCUGACAUCAUAGCGGUGAUGUCUCACGGCGCUGUCAUAGAGCAGGGUACACAUGAUGAACUCAUGGCCAAGAGAGGCGCCUAUUAUAAACUGGUUACUACAGGCGCUCCUAUCAGCUAAACUUUUUUUUUUCAUGUAAAAACGUAUUCUGCAAAGCAUUUAAAAAAAAAAGAUAUAUAAAAGUUUUGUAAAAUGUAUAUAAAAUGCACACAAAUAAAAAAAAAUUAUUAAAGUUCUAUGAUAAAAUGGGAAUUUAGAUGUAUUGCAGCUAUUUUGAAUUGUUUCUCCUAGCUUUGUUUCCUGAACGACUGAAUCACAUUUCCCCCCUGCAGCUGAGCAGAAACCAAACACCACCACAGGCAACACAUCCAUUAUAAGUAUUGGUCAUGAGAGACAAAACUAUACUCUUGUAUUUAUUUGUUUAUGGCUGUUUUAUGUAAAUGAAGGCCUCCUUUUUAUGACAUGGGUCGGGCUGUGUUUGUAUUGUUUAUUUCAUGUUUUAAGUAUUCUUCAUGUAUAUUUAUCAAUCCCAGUGUUUUUGAGAAAUGUGAAUAUUUGUUGUUUUAGAUGGUAACCACAUAUAUUGUAAAACAUUUUAAAUUGUUGCCAGUAUGA